AUGAAAGGCUCUCCUGAUCUGAUUCCGUCUGCAGGGCUGGACCCUACAAGGGUGUGUAAAGGGAAGGGGGUCGUGACUCUGAGGGCCACUCUGGUCCACAUAGACGACGAGGACUGCGUCAGUGAAGAAUCAAACGUUGACACGGCACCAAGUGGUUGGAUUGGCCAGAUCAAUGGAGACGGCUCUCAAACGGGAUUGGCUGAUGGACGCUUCCACGACAUCACAGCUGAUUUACCUACAGUCAACAGAACUCAAGCCCAGGGAAGUUCACCUGUGAAGACAGAAGAGCCCCAGAUUCCUGCCUCGUUUGACAUUCAGAACUAUAUUUUGUCCACAAAGGCCACCUCUGCCUACCCAUCCACCACUAACACUGUCAACCCAACCAUAGUUCUGCUACAACACAACAGAGAGCAACAGAAGCAGCUUUCUAAUAUGGAAGACCCCACCCCAGAGAGGGACAAAUCGCCUGAUCCGGGACCUGUAGUUGGAACAGAGAGAGAACUGAGCCAACAUCCAGAUAUGGACGGCAAGAGGAUGAGGUACUCUCAAUCGCGUGUCUUGGUCCCACUGAACCAGCCCAUCGUGCCAGUACGGAACACAGAUAAGUCCAAGGACUGGUACAAGAACAUGUUUAAACAGAUACACAGAAUUCCAGAUGAGGGUCACUCGCCCUGUGGUUAUGUGGAAGAUGUGAAAGCGGUCCCACGGUCAAAAGGUGCUGCCGAAGUUGACCAUAGGUCGUCUAUGCCUGUGCCAACACGGUCCUCUUCCCUCAAACCUGCCAAAAGGAACGACUGGGAGCCCCCUGACAAAAAGGUAGACACCAGGAAGUACCGUGCCGAGCCCAAGAGCAUCUUCGAGUACGAGCCAGGAAAAUCGUCGGUGCUGAAACUGGAGAGAAAGACUCAGCACAUUAGCCCAGAAGAUGUAGAUAUAGAGAAUGAGCCUUGGUAUAGAUUCUUUUCAGAGAUGGAGUUUGAUAAAGCGCUUCGUCCAGCAGAGCUAAGAAUCGCAGGCGUUGGAGAGACUACAGACAGACACAGGAGAGCGAGAGAAGAGAACCUCACGACAGCUAAUGCUCCUGCAUCUGUUCUAGCUGGAAGAGACCUUCCUGUGGAUUUAUCAAUGACUUCUUUGUUUGGUCUGUUGCAGAGUGCCCCCUCUUUCAGCCCUCUGGAAACACCCUCCGACCUACAGAAGUACUCCGGGUGUAAGGCCGGACACAGCGAGGUGGAGAAGGACGAAGGAUCGUCUGGCAGCGAGCCAGCGGCUCCAGAAUGCGACCGCUAUGUCUACAAGAGCAUCCUGGAGGGCGGUGAUAUUCCCCUGCAAGGUCUGCGGGCCCUCAACAAGCGCCAUGCCAGCACCUCCUCUAAAGUGGAUUAUCAAGGUGGGAAUGGCUAUAUAAUUUCACCCUGCUCUUCUGUAAAUAGUCGAUCAGUUCUUGCCAGUAAUGCCCUAGGUUACCAGUGUAAGAAUAAGAAGCCCUUAUCCGCCGCCAAAGCCUGCAUACCCCAAAUCCUCCCCUCGAAGUUCAAACCUAAGCUGAUGGCCCCUAGUGGUGACAGCCAGGACAGGAGGACUGUGCCCGCCAGGCACCCAAAGGCACACAGCUGUGAGGAUAUAUACACAGGGAGCACGGGAGCAGAGGCCCGGGAGAGCGGACUACACUCAAACACAGACUCAGACUCCAAUGAUCUCCCCCUUGACUCUGAGACUGGUUUUCAAAAUGGCAACCCUGAGACUAGAAGGAGCACAGCAGAGUUCUCCACCCUGUACCGGAACAUGCACAGCAUCCAGAGACCUUCCUACUCGGCGGGCUCCAGCCCCCACGGGAGUGUCCGUAGCCUGACCUCCCUGUUUGAAAAGGUGGGGAUCAAUGAAACUGAUGGGGAGGGGGACGAGGCAGGGGGGAACAUUCCCCGGCGGGACGCUGUGUUGUCAAGGGUGUCGGCGUUUGAACUGAUCAUCCAGCGCUCCAGCCCGACUCCCACACGCUCUUCCUCCAUGCCAACGCUACCCACUGGCCCCACCCAAAACCACGGCGCCGCCAACCUCUUCAUGGCGUCUGCCGUCUCGGCUGAGUUGCUGCUGGUCACUGACCCUGGGCAGACAGAGGGCUGCCCUCUGGAGGACACGGAGGGCAAGGCAGCCCAAGACGAGGCCUCUCGAUCAGGCAGCGAGAUAGUGGAGGCGGUGGCAUCCUCGGAGUACAGUGACACCCUGCGAGCCGAGUCUCUCUCUGGGACUGAGGUAGAGAUAGAGCAGCACGGCUCCACAGAGAAAGCCCCAGUACCAAAAGAGAAACCCCCAGUGGUCACUUUCUCCAGAACCUCAAACAGUCCGCCAGCACCAGUCACUCCAUCUGCUCCCUCACACAACUACCACCUCCACAACCACCACCACCUUAAACCCAGCAGCAAGUGCAAAGGCUCCUGCCCAGCCUCCUAUACCCGGUUCACCACCAUCCGGCGGCAUGAGAGGCAGCAGCAGGCCUCAGCCCAGCAGGACAAACUCUCCACUCAGGAGAAAAUAAAGAACUCCUCCUCUCUCCCCGCAAACCUCUUGCUCAUGGGCCCUGCACCAUUCAUGGUGAAGAGGUCUCUCCAGUCUCACCGGGCCAAAAAUUAUUUCUCAGCCGCUAAGGUGAUGGCAGGUCAAAGGUCACAGACCCAUUCUAGUGAGCCCAGGCCCCUCAUCCCACAGCGUCUCUCUUCCUUGGAGGUGCUGGAGAGGCUUGGCACUGGAGAGGGUGCGCCGACCGACAGUGACAACAACCUGACUAAUGGGGGAGGCAUGGACGCCAAUGGGAAUCUUCUGCAGCCGCUGACAGCUCAUCGCAGAGAUUCAGACUCGUUCCAGGCUUUGACCCAAGGAGACCUUGGUGACGGCGAGGAUGAGGUGGUUAGGAGACGCCAUGGAGACAAAGAGAAAAUCUUGGAAGAGCAGCGGCGGCUGAAGAGGGAGCAGGAGGAGGCUGACACAGCAUCGAGGCGACAUACAGGAAUCGUUCCCACCCACCACCAGUUCAUCUCUAACGAACGCUUCGGAGACCUGCUCAACAUCAACAUCAACGACACAGACAAGAGGAAAUCCGGAUCAGAGAGAACUCCAGCCCUGGCUCGGUUUGACUUCAGAGCAGAGACUCUAAAGGAGUUGCCAUUUCAAAAGGGAGACAUUGUGUACAUCAUUCGACAGGUGGAUAAUAAUUGGUUCGAAGGGGAGCAUCACGGCAGAGUCGGCAUCUUCCCACGGAGUUAUGUUGAGCUCCUUCCCCCCACGGAGAAGGCCCAGCCAAAGAAGAGUGCCCCAGUGCAGGUGCUGGAGUAUGGAGAGGCCAUAGCACGUUUCAACUUCACAGGGGACACGGUGGUGGAGAUGUCAUUUAGAAAGGGAGAGAGGAUCAUCCUAAUUCGCAGGGUCGAUGAGAACUGGUACGAGGGCAAGGUCUCCGGGUCCAAUCGCCAGGGUAUCUUCCCCGUCACCUACAUAGAGGUGCAUAAACGACCCAGAAUCAAGAAUGGAUUGGAUUAUCCAGACCCACCCAUUGGCCAAUCACCUCACCGCAGCCUCAAUGCUUCCCCUCAGGUAAUGGCACACUCUCUUGUAGACUUCAGUCUCAACCGGCUCAUCACGUCCCCCCUGCCCCUCCCCCGCUCCCCCCGCCGCUCUGUGUCCCCCGAGGUCCACGCCAUCUCCUCUGAGUGGAUCUCCCUGACCAUAGGGGGUGCCGGCCCCCCUGCUGCCCCAACCCCUCCUCUACCCCCACUCCCCUCCGUGUCUUAUCGCUGGGGCGAGUACCUGCCCCCUUCCAUGUCCGCCAGCCCCGUGCCCCCCACCUGCGGCAGCCCCUACUGCAUCUCCCCAAUGGCCUCCCCUUCAGCCUCCCCCCUGCCCCCACCCCGCCCUGGCUCGGCCACCCCUUACCUCACCUUCACCCCGCCCCAGGGGGAGGACUUCCUGCUCUCCCCUCCCUCUCCUCGUCUGUCCCGCAGUCUGAGCCCCUGUGGGGGGGUAGGCCUGGAGAGCUGGCUGACAGGGGCCAGUCCCUUGCGCCUCCUGGAGAGGGAUUUGAUGGAGGGGGAGGGGGCAGAGGGAGACAGGGGCACUGGACGCGAAGCCCUGGGCUACUGGCGAAAUAGCCCUGCAGAGCUGGUGAAGAAUGAGAGUGACUACCAUGGUAGAACCUCCAGGAGCCCUGUCAUGUUGUUUGACAUCCACGACAACAACAUAAAUGCUAACUCAUUUGAGCAACCCCAGUCCCACAGCAGCAGCCCGGAGCCAGGUCGUCUCAGCUGUGGAAUUUUCCAGGCUUUGUACUGUUACGUGCCACAGAAUGAGGAUGAGCUGGAGCUGCAGGAGGGAGAUCUUGUCAGCGUAAUGGAGAAGUGCGAUGACGGCUGGUUUGUUGGUACCUCAAAGAGGUCCAAACAGUUUGGCACAUUUCCAGGAAACUACGUGAAAGAGGUCAACUUGUAACCUGUCAACAAACAUUUAUAGUGUGAGGAGAACCCAGCUCUAACCCUUGGUUACCAUUCAAGUUUUGGGAAGGCAUUACUAUUGCGCUUGAUUGUUUAUAUUAGGAUAGUCAUUCAGACAGGUGAAUACGUUUGUCUGGUGUAAGUGAUCAGUUUGGUGUGAGGUAUGUUAAUGUACAUGAGGCGAAGACAGGAGGAUGCUUUGCUGUUGACUCACUGCCCAAACGUUAGUGUAGUGUAUACGUACUCCAACCGUAUCCUAUACAGUACAUGGCUGAAUUUAUAAAAUAAUAUUCUGACAAUGGAACUUGUAGUAAAAAAAACUCCUCUCAAAAUGUCAACACAUACAGACUACGUUUACAAUAAGUUUACAAAACAUUAUGAACACCAGAUUUUUCCAUGACAUAGACUGACCAGGUGAAUCCAGGUGAAAGCUAUGAUCCCUUAUUGAUGUCACU